UCUCUCUAUUUGCCUAAGAACCUCCGCUCGAUUUUUCACAUUUAUAAAUAUAAAAAUUAAAAAUAUCAAAAAACAAAUCAUAACGCAUUGAUUUCUGUUUAUAUAUAUAUAUAUAUAUAUAUUGGCCUCAGCCGCACGCUUCGUAAAAAGCCUUCUCUCUCUUUGCUUCGUUUUUAGGGUUUUCUCUCACAGAGAUAUUAUUUUGUGAGUGUGAGACUCUGUGAGAGAGAAAGCUUUGCAAUUUGUGUGUUGAAAAAUGGCUGCUUCUACUAUGCUCAGAUCUGCGGCUACACCUACGGCUUCUUUCAUCGAGGCCUCUUCUUCACCGUCCGAUCGGUUUUCCAAGGUUUCAAGCAUCAGUUUCAGUCGCAACCUCAACAUGUCGAAGCACCAAUCUAGCCUUUUCGGUACCUCUGUUCCCAGUGGCUCAUCUUCCUUACAGACAUGUAGUGUGAGGAGCGUCCAGCCCGUUAAGGCUACUGCUACUGAAGUACCUCCUACAGUUCCAAGAUCAAGGACUGGUGGGAAAACAAGGAUUGGAAUCAACGGUUUUGGUCGAAUUGGAAGGUUGGUACUUCGAGUUGCAAUCUCCAGGGAUGGUAUUGACGUUGUAUCGGUCAAUGAUCCUUUUAUUGAUGCUAAGUACAUGGCAUACAUGUUUAAGUACGACUCUACUCAUGGAGUUUUCAAGGGAACCAUCCGGGUCCUGGAUGACUCCACUUUGGAAAUUAAUGGGAAACAGAUUAAAGUUGUAAGUAAAAGGGACCCAGCAGAGAUUCCUUGGGGUGAUUUUGGAGCAGACUAUGUUGUCGAAUCCUCUGGGGUUUUCACAACAAUUGAGAAGGCUUCGACACACAAGAAGGGUGGUGCCAAGAAAGUUGUAAUAUCAGCUCCAUCAGCUGAUGCACCUAUGUUUGUGGUAGGAGUAAAUGAGAAGACAUACAAGCCAAACAUGGAUAUUGUUUCCAAUGCAAGCUGCACUACCAAUUGUCUUGCUCCUUUAGCAAAGGUGGUUGAUGAAGAAUUCGGUAUCAUUGAAGGUCUAAUGACAACAGUGCAUGCAACUACAGCCACUCAAAAAACUGUCGAUGGUCCUUCAAUGAAGGAUUGGAGAGGGGGCCGUGGAGCUGCACAAAACAUCAUUCCUAGUUCAACUGGUGCUGCAAAGGCAGUUGGGAAAGUUCUUCCACAGCUUAAUGGAAAGCUUACUGGAAUGGCCUUCCGCGUCCCAACACCUAAUGUUUCUGUCGUAGACUUAACUUGUCGACUUGAGAAGAGUGCUUCCUAUGAAGACGUCAAGGCAGCUAUUAAGUAUGCCUCAGAGGGGCCACUGAGAGGCAUUCUUGGAUACACAGAUGAGGAUGUUGUCUCCAAUGAUUUUGUUGGUGACUCAAGGUCAAGUAUAUUCGAUGCAAAGGCAGGGAUUGGGCUCAAUAACUCGUUCAUGAAGCUUGUUUCAUGGUACGACAAUGAGUGGGGAUACAGUAACCGAGUAUUGGACCUUAUAGAGCACAUGGCAUUGGUAGCAUCGCUCAAUUAAAAAAUACCAUCAGACGUUUUCUUCUGUUGGAUGGCACUGCAAUUUUUAGCACUUGCUAUAUGAAGUUUGAUCAAAAGAGUAGGAUAUAAGUUUGAUAGUUUUCGGUUUUAUUGUUUGAGUGGACUUCAUAAUAAUGUGAGUUUAGGCAUUGCAUGAUGCGACUUCAAAAUAAAUAUGAAAUAUUCAAAAAAAUGUAUGAGGAGCUCAUUCCAGUAAUACAUAACGUUUGGACUUUGCCAUCCAUACUACAACCAAUUUCUCC